UUCCGGUUUUGACUAUUUCCAUUCUGUGUAUUCUCGGGUUAGAGAACGCUAGUCAGUAUAUUAACUCGGUUUGGGCGCCAAAGGGGAAGAUAACGGAGGACAGCGCCUCAUCAUUAAAUAAUAAACCACGUGAAUGAUACCCCUUGUGUGCGUCAGAGCUAUUCACUGAUUCAUUUCUUGCAGGGACGGUGCGCAAGAAGGAGCCGAAAGCCUCUAUAAAGAGUUGGUUCAAAAAGAGUGAUGAUGAUUCGAGCUCUCAAUCCAGCUUCUGGUCGGAUUCAGGUGUAUCAUCCCCCUUCAUGUACUCAGUACUUUCCGAUAUCUCGCAUCCUGAGCGCCUAAUUAAUUCCAGCUCCCCCGAAACCGAGCGAAGUGGCACCAGGAUCGGGCCAAGUACUAACGGCGAACCAGGAAUGCCUAUGCGAGCGCCGUUCACGCCGCCUCACCAAAUUAUAGACAUGGACGAAUAUCUGAAUCGCCCACCGAGGCAAAGCCCAAAGCGCCGUUACUCUGGUUCUGGCUGGCCAACCGCGUUGCCAGCUGCAUUAUUUCGAACAGAACGUUUCUUGUGUGAUUCAGAUGGACAUAGGCUCAAGUGGGAUGCAUCCGCAGAGAGGAUCAGGCGUGCCGAAACCGUACCGCCGCACAAGCGGCUAAAUCACCUCUGCUUCGUGGACAGACGGACCGGGGAAUGGUUCUAUAUGCCAUUUGAACCAGUGCCAUUCGGAUUCACGAGGCAGCCUUUACCAGAUACCCCAAGCGUCGAGAGCGUGGGUUGUGAUUCAGACUUUGAGAAGAUGCUCAAAUAUAGUCCAAGUACCUGUAAAGAUAGACGAGGCGAUAAUCUCGGUUUUGAGGAUGACGUGUACUACCGUGCCUGGAACCUCCAGACAGAGGGGAGAAUAGAAUUCAACACGCUCAAUCUAUCAGAGGCUACAAUCAAGGAGACGUCGGGUAAGGAUGGUUUGAUCUCAUUUAAUAAACCGGAGAGCGGUGUUGGGCCCGCAGUUGAUGCAGAGCCUGAAACUGACAUAGUACCCCAAACUGAUGAACUGUCCGGAAUUGACCCUGAGAACCUUGGAGAGAACGGACACUUUCUAUACCCAUUUGCAUAG